UUCUCUUCGGUGGGAAAAAAACAAAAAUCGAAGUGCUUUUUCUUCGGCUAAGGAGGAAGAAGGACUGAAGAAGGAAUUAAGGGGAAAAAAGGCCACUGAGAAAGUACCCCACACUCUUUGUGCCAUCGUGUUGUUGCAGCUUCCUCUGACUACUCUGUCUCUUUCAACGUCGGAACCCUAGUUCGAUCCGCCGGGACUCCAAGCAGACGUAGUCGAUGACUGAACGAUUGGGGACUAGCUGAGAUCAAACGGGCUGGAUUUCCUCGCCGGAUGGAGGGAGGUAGCGUCUUUAGACUUACUUGUUCUGGGAUAUACCCAUGGAUUAUGACGACAAUGAUUUUCAAAGCCAGAAUCUUCAUUUAGCUGGUGAAGGGAGCACCAAAUUUCCUCCAGUAUUAAGGCCAUAUGCUCUGCCCAAAUUUGAUUUUGAUGAAAGCCUUCAAGGACAAUCAAGAUUUGAUAAUUUGGUUGAAACUGAAGUUUUUCUUGGCAUUGAAAGCAACGAAGAUAAUCAGUGGAUUGACGCAUUCUCUCGAGGCAGUAGCGGCAUAGGGUUUAGUUCAACUGCGGCUGAAUCUUGUUCUAUAUCAAGGCAUAACAAUGUCUGGUCUGAGGCCACCUCCUCAGAGUCCGUUGAAAUGCUAUUAAAAUCUGUUGGGCAGGAGGAAUUUAUUCCUAGACAAUCUGUUAUUCAGGAAUCAGAUGCCUGUAAUGAACUGGCGUGCUUAGCUAAGCAAAUGGAAUCUAAUCUGAAAACUGAUGGUAAAAAUGAAUCUCGAGAUGUUGCAGGUCUAAAGUUAUCUGAUAACAUACAUGAAGAUGCGUCUGGAUUGAAGAAAAAUGAAAGAGAAGAUGAACCUCACGUUGGAGUUUCCCAAGCCCAGGAAAAUGAAUUAUCUUUUGAUGGGAGUUCAGGCAAUCUGGAACUAAGCGAUAUUUGCAAAAAUAUUAACCUGCCUCAGUCUGAGGGAAUUCGUUUUACUGAUAUGAAAGGUAAAAAUGAAAACCAACAAGAAGUUGAAACUGUGGGUGAUGACUCAUUGAGUGAUAAGAUUCUAGAUGAUUCAUCUGCUUCUGGGGAACUACAAACUAGUAUUACCGAAGCACCCGUGCAAAAUAUAUCUGCUACUUCCGAUUCAUUAGAUGUUCAACAUGCACAAAAUCAGGUAGUUGGUGUUAGUGGUGAGCGGCAAGGUGGUUUGACAGCUGAAACUGAUAGGCAAGAUACAGAAUCUUACACAUUUAACAAAGAUACUAAUGUAGACACACAGGCUUUAGAUGGAUAUGCAGUUGGGACUGAUGCACAUAAUCCCGAUAAUUCUCUUUGUUCGGCAUCUGAAGAAGCUUUGAAUGGUGGAAGUGUGGUUAAGGGACUUGAUCCUUGCUUAACUAAUGUGGAUGGCUCCUUAAGCAUGGUACCAAGCAAUGUUUCAGACUUGCAGAAGGAAGAAAGAUGUAGCGAGAAUAUAAUUUCUAGUAAUCCAUGUCUGGACAGUGCAGGUGAAAAUGCAGUUAAAGAUGUAAUGAAAGAUGAUCAGUCUGCACUAAUUGCACACAACUCUCCAAAGGUUGAAGUUAAAGGCAAUACUGGUUUUGGGGAAGUAACUGAGAUAAAUAAUUCCAAUUGUGGGAUUUCUCCUAGUCUCCAGCAGGGUGUGGAUUCUGUUGAAAAGAAGACACAUGGUGAGGGCACUUCUGCUAAGGAAAAGGAAUCACUGAACACUGGCCAUGAAAUGGAUAUGGAGGUUUCCGUAAGCGAGGUAGAGGCACCUAUUUUAACUGUGGAGGGCAGUGACAUUUCUAAAACUAAUGAACAUGAUAAUAGCAAGGUAGAAGGCAUUUCUUGUUCCAGCAUGGGGUCGACAAAAUCUUGCAUUUUGGGUGAAUCAACUUCAGUACGUGAGGGCAGUGAAGCUGGCAAGCUGGAUGACAAAAAACUUCGUCAAGAUAUGCCUAAUGUGGACCAAGAUUUUACAAGGGCUCCUUCUGACUGUAGCCCAAUAAAUUGUGAUGCUGAUAAGGUCCAUCUUGUUGAUAAAGGAAUUGGUUCAUCCUCUGUUAGCCCCGGUGGCAUGGAAACUGGGUUAUCAACUUCCUCAGUAUCAGCUGACGUCACAGCAAUUGAUAAUUCAGCUUCAGAAGCUUUAGUAGAUGUUUCUUUCGCAUCAUGUGGUACAGUGGAUGUUCAAUCUUCUUGCAAUGUUUCCACCCAGAAAGUCGUAGAUCAAAAUGGUGUUCAGAGGAAGACUUCUCCUGCUGGGUCCAAUCCUGUUGUAAAAAAGGAAGAGUCUGAUCCCAGAGUUGCUGAGGAAGCACACUUAUCUACUCCUGUCGUGUCUUCUGAACUGGGAACUGUUCCUUGCCCAGUUAUUGGAACGGAGCACCAGUCUUGUGGUACUUCUAGACAACUGUCUUGUGAGACAGUAGAAAGCUGUACAAAGAAUGUAGAGACUUGUGCCAUUGGAAAUGUUAGUGAGCCUCUAAAAACAAUUAAUCGUAAUCAGGAGUCCGCAAAAGAAAUGGAUGCCUCUCCAUCUCUACCCAAACUGGCAGCAAAACAGGAUGAAGUAAACCCACACUCGAAAAUUUCAGGAGACAUGUUACUUUCAAAUCAAGGUUGUGUGUCUUCUGCUCCUUUGUCUGAUUCUCAUGUUGAGUUGCAUGAGACUGUGGGCUGUCGUGCCUAUCCUGCUGAUAAUACAUGCAGUGCAUCUAUUACAGUUGGAAGGUCUUCUGAAACUGAGAAGGAUGGCAAUCAGAAUCCCCCCGUUUCUGAGCUUAUCAAUAGAGAUGCAACUAAUCUGCUAUUGAUUGAUGAUAACUUGAAGGGAAAUGACGCAUCUAAAGAUAAGGGAAGCUUGACUUCUGAGUUAAAUGCAGAGGCUGAUUUGUCCAAAAAAAAUGCUGGAGGUUCAGCUACAAAGGAUGUUGGGAAUAGCCAGCCGGUUCCGGCUGCUACAGCCAGCAAAGCAUCGACAAUUGUGGAGGUAUCUCCAUCUAGGUUAGAUCCUUUGAAAAUCAAAACUGCAGAUGCUUCCCAUGGAAGUCCACAAAUUUCUGAUGGAGAGAUAGCACGUAGUGUUCCCAAAAGUACAUCUCAGCGUAAAACCAGACGAGCAUCUAAUAAGAAUGCUGGAAAGGAAUCUUCUAGAAAAGCGAGUCAUGUGAAAGAAACACCUCCGUCAAGACAACCUGAGAGAGUGGAUAAAUCAAAUAAUGCAAAGCUCAGCUCACCCCCUGGUUUCCAGUUGAUGCAAUCCAAUGAGAUGCUGCAGUAUGGCCAUAUAGAUUCUGGCAGUGCAAAGCCGUUUGCUCUGCUAAACGCUUCAACAUCUAGUCUUCCAGAUUUGAACACCUCUGCUUCUGCUCCUGUACUGUUUCAACAACCUUUCACAGAUCUACAGCAGAUACAAUUGCGUGCACAGAUCUUUGUUUAUGGAGCUUUAAUUCAAGGCACAGCACCUGAUGAGGCUUACAUGAUAUCAGCAUUUGGAGGUCCAGAUGGUGGAAGAAGCCUCUGGGAGAAUGCUUGGCGUGUGUGUGUAGAAAGGCAGCAUGGUCAAAAGUCUCUUCUAACGAACCCAGAAACUCCUGUACAAUCACGAUCUGAAUCUGCAGGUCCUAGAGCCUCUGAAUUGGCUAGGCAAGGUUCACAUCAAAGUAAGGGCAUCUCCUCUCCUCUUGGUCGAUCCAACAGCAAGGCUACUCCAGCAGUUGUAAACCCUUUAAUACCUCUUUCAUCUCCUCUUUGGAAUUUACCAACUCCAUCUGAUUCACUGCAACCCGGUGCACUCAUAAGGGGAUCUGUUUUGGAUUAUCCACGGGUACCUUCUUCUUUGCAUCCUUAUCAAACUCCACCUCUGAGGAACAUUCUUGGACAUAACACAUCUUGGAUAUCCCAGGCACCUGUUCGUGGACCAUGGAUUGGAUCCCCUGCUCCUGCUUCUGCUCCUGAUACCAAUUCCCUGAUUUCUGCGUCACCUAUUUCAGAUUCAGUUAAAUUUAAUUCAUUCAAGGGAUCUUCUUUGCCUCCUUCCAGUGGUAUAAAACCUGUUACUCCAGCGCUUCCAUCUUCCAGUGCAGCUCCACAGAGUAUCUUUGUAGGGACUGCCCCUCUGCAUGAUACCAGCAAUGUAACAGUAUCACCUCAGCAUUCUUCUGAUCCUAAGCCUAAAAAAAGAAAGAAGGCUAUGGUAUCUGAAGAUCUUGGCCAGAAGGCUUUGCAAACACAAUCUCAACUAGAGCUGAAUCCUGUUGUUAGUUCUCAUGUAUCCACUUCUGCUGUUCUAGCCCCCACUGUUGGGAGUUUGCCCAAAACUACUGUGUCUCUGCCCUCUCUAUCUCCUGCUGAUCACCUCAAAAUUGAUCGUAAUAUUGAGAAGAGGUUUCUGUCAGAUGAGUCCCUCACAAAAGUUAAGGAGGCUGGUGCUCAUGCAGAGGAAGCUGCUGCUCUUUCUGCAGCUGCUGUGAACCACAGCCUCGAGAUAUGGACCCAGCUGGAUAAGCAGAAAAAUUCUGGAUUGGUGCCUGUUAUUGAGGCAGAGUUAGCUUCUGCAGCGGUUACAGUUGCAGCAGCAGCUGCUGUUGCAAAGGCAGCAGCUGCAGCUGCCAAAGUUGCCUCAAAUGCUGCAUUGCAAGCAAAACUUAUGGCUGAAGAAGCAUUGACCUCAUCUAGUAAGGAGGGUACCUCCCAAAGUAAUGGGAUCUCUCAUUCUGAGGGUAUUAAAAACCUGGGAAAAGCUACUCCUGCAUCCAUAUUGAAGGGUCCUAACGGAACCAGCAGCUCUGGCUCUAUUAUUGUUGUUGCAAAGGAGGCUGCCAGAAGGAGAGUGGAAGCUGCAUCAGCUGCUGCAAAACAAGCUGAAAAUAUGGAUGCCAUUGUUAAGGCUGCCGAGCUGGCAGCUGAAGCUGUAUCACAAGCAGGAAAGAUUGUAACUAUGGGUGAUCCUCUGCAUAUAAGUGACUUGCUAGAAGCUGGUCCACAGGGUUGCUGGGAAGCAUCACGCAACUCUCGUCAGCAAGUUGGAUCAUCAAAAGGCAAGACUAGAGGUUCAUUGAGCAUUGACAAUGUUGGAGACGAUGUCACAAUUUCUCGUACACUUGCCAGAAGCAUUCCAUCUGAUGGAGUGGGGAUUCAGAUUGCUGCAGGUGAGAAGUCACCUCUUCGUAAGGUGUAUAAUGAGAGAUCAGAGGACCGUACGAGAACCCUGGAUGAAUCUGAGAUUGAAAUGCAUGAUCCUUCUCUCCCUGUUGCAAAUGUAUCUGAAAGGCUGGGGGAGAACAACAUCAAGGAGGGGUCACCUGUAGAGGUUUUCAAAGAUGGAGGAGAGGGAUGUCAAGCUGCAUGGUUCACAGCGAACGUUUUAAGUUUGAAAGAUGGAAAAGCUUAUGUUUGCUACUCUGUUCUUGUAGCUGACGGAGGUGCAGGGCCUUUGAAGGAAUGGGUUCCAUUAGAAAGUGAAGGAGAGAAGCCACCCAGAAUACGCGUUGCCCGUCCUCUAGCUGGUACAAGUUAUGAAGGAACGAGGAAGAGACGUAGAGCAGCUACUAGAGAUAAUGCUUGGUCUGUUGGGGAUAGAGUUGAUGUAUGGAUACAAGAAAGCUGGCAGGAAGGAAUUGUAAAGGAUAACAAGAAAGAUGAAAUAACUGUUGACUUUCCUGCUCGUGGAGAAACAGCAGUUGUCAGAUCUUGGCAAGUUAGAUCAUCCCUUAUUUGGAAGGAUGGGAAAUGGAUUGAAUAUUCCAGCUUAGGAGCAAAUGUUAAUUCUUCCCAUGAGGGCGAUACACCACGUGAAAAACGAGCCAAGUUGGGUAGUCCUAUGGUAGAGGCAAAAGGGAAGGAUAAGAUGUUAAAGAACAUUGAGGAUGUGGAUCUGACAAACCCUAAUGAAUUGCGAUUGCUUGAUUUGACAGAAAAAGAGAAAGUGUUUAACAUUGGUAAGAACAGCAAGAAUGAUGUUAAAACUGAUACACAAAGAAUGCCAAGAACUGGUCUUCAGAAAGAAGGAUCAAGAGUGAUCUUUGGUGUUCCUAAACCUGGGAAGAAGAGGAAAUUUAUGGAAGUUAGCAAACAUUAUGUUGCAGAUAGGAGUGAUAAGGUUAAUGAUGGAAAUGAUUCAGUUAAACUUGCAAAUUUCUUGAUGCCUCAAGGUCCAUCAUUUCGAGGAUGGAAAAAUAAUGCCAAGAAUGAUACAAAGGAGAAACGAGGAGCCAAUUCCAAGUCCAAAUCCGUUAAGUCUGGAAAGCCUGGUGUUCUGGGUAAACCAAUCCUGUCAAAAGACAAUCCUUCAGCAGAUGCCUUUCCUCUCCCCAAUGAUUCGACAGAUCAUACACAAAAGACCAAAGACUCUGCAAGCCAUUAUAAGAAUGCAUCUGAGAGUGAAAACCGUGUGGAGAUGGCAUCCUACUCUGCAAAUGAUGGAGCAGCUGAGGGACCAAUCUUGUAUCCUCCGUUGGCAGCCUCAUCUGAUGCUCCUUCCUCUAGCAGGACAACCACAUCAAGAGCAAGUAAAGGAAAACUUGCCCCUGCUGGUGGAAAGUUGGGUAAGAUAGAGGAGGAAAAACUAACAGCUGAAACUGCUGAACCUCGUAGAUCCAAUCGCAGGAUCCAACCAACAUCAAGACUAUUGGAAGGGUUACAGAGUUCUUUAAUCAUCUCAAAGAUUCCUUCUGUUUCGCACGAGAAGAGUCACAAAAACCAGAAUCGUAAUGCUUCUAGGGGGAAUAAUCAAGGCUGAAGGAUGCUGCUGCAAACCUGCGAUGGCGCAGCUCAGUAUUCCCACAAUUAUAUGAAGACCGAGAUACACCCAAGCCCAGCAUAGAUGUGUAUAUUUAUAAUAGGGAACCUAGGAAUGCAGAUUCUUGCCAUUUCGGCUUUAGUCAGACUAGUGGAUAGUGAACUAGGUGUUCAUAUCGAUUUUUAGUUUUGUUUACAAAUGUCAUUUGAUCUACCUAGGUCCAAGUCCAAGGCACUUGUAGGCUGUAUAUGGAAUUUCUCCAUGUAGGCUGGUUUGUAGAUGUUUGUUGUUGAUCAAAUUACAACGUGAUGCUCCACCUCUCUCUCCUUGGAUAUCGUCUUGUUUCCUCC